CCACCCGAUUUUCACUUCUCUCAAAACCCUCCUCCUCUCCCUUUCUCUCUUGUUUUCUGUCUGACCUAAAAAGUUAAAAAAAACCACUGUUUUCUUUUUGUUUCUUCAUAAUAUUCUUGUUUUUAUUUUUAUUUUCUUUUUCUUCUUUGCUCAGAAUACAAAGAAUUUCUCUAUAAGAUCGAACUUGAGAAAAAACACAGGAGAAAUUCGAUUUGCGAAAGCAGAAACUCAGCGAAGGUUUGGCAAAUUUGGAAAUAAGUUUCUUAAAUUCCAAUCAUCAUGAGAUUUAAGAAAGGUAGCAAGGUUGAAGUACUAAGUAAAGAGGAAGUUCCCUCAGGCGCCUGGCGUUGCGCUGAAAUACUUUGGGGAAAUGGCCACAAUUAUGAUGUUAAGUAUGACUGGUCUCCAGGAAGCACUGGCAGUCCAUUGAUGGGGAGAGUUUCUAGGAAGCAUAUUAGGCCUUGCCCUCCAUCUGUGGGAGAUUCAGUGGAUUGGCUUCCCGGUGACCUUGUAGAGGUGUUGGACAACAUAUCUUGGAAGAUUGCUACAGUUUUGAAGGUUAUGAAUAGAGAUUACUUUUUGGUCAGACUUCUUGAGUCCUCUCAGGAAUUGAGUGUUCAGAAAUCUUUUCUUCGAGUGCGGCAAUCCUGGCAGCAUGAUAGAUGGGUUAUUGUUGGAAAUGGUUCUGUGAUCACCGAAGAUGGAAAGCCUAAUAAUGUUUCAACUGCGAGGUUCUACCAGACAAGCUGCCAAAUUCCAGGGGCAGUUCGAAAGGUGAAGGUGAAGCGAUGUGUAGGAGAUAACAAUCUGGUAGGCUGUCAGGAGUCCAAUGUGAUUUCAUCAGGAGCUUUGAAGAGAGAGUCACCAUAUGCCACGUCUCAGGUUGAAGGAAACACUGAAGCUGGUCGGAAAUUCAGAGCAGUUGGUACGGAUGGUAGGCGUCAACGAAUGGUUUCUGAACGUCCUUCAUUCCAGGAAAAGGUAGUUGCUGCUGCUUUCCCACAAUAUUUGUUGGGUGAAAAACACAUGCAUGCUUCCUUUACAAACAGAUCUAGAUUUUCUGAAAUGAAUGUGGGGAGAACACAGCAAAGCGGAGAUAUUGGGAAUUUCUCUCAGACAGGGUUAGAAAGUAAUGAUGCUGACGGUAGUGAUUGCUCCUCUGUUGGUAGUUGUGGUAGUACUGGCGAUAGUCGCUCUAAAUUUCCAUUUCAUUCUUUAACCAGCCCUACUAAAGAUUCUGAUAGUUCUUUUAGUGAUGCUGAAUCCUUCUGUGGUUGGGGAUAUGAGAAAGAAGAUUCCCAUCCUUCAAAAGAGGAAUUGGCAGCAGAGAUUCAUAGAUUAGAACUGCACGCUUAUCGUUGCACCAUGGAGGCCUUAUAUGCCUCUGGACCUUUAAGUUGGGAGCAGGAAGAACUAGUGACCAAUCUUCGUCUUAGUCUCAACAUUUCUAAUGAUGAGCAUUUAAUGGAGCUAAAGAAUUUAGUUUCAGCUUAAUCUUGCAUUCGAAUUAGUUGACAGGGCCAAAGUUGGAGGCUUGCUUCCAAAGGUCUAAAGGUGUUGGUUGGGUUUGUCACCUCUGUAGGGCACAAUCUGCAACCAAUUCGCCACAAAUAGUUAGGCUCGCACGCUAUUGGUAUCAUUAACUUCUGGUGUUUUCUUGUAUUCAAGCUUAACUUUGUGAUAUUUCCUGUGCCGUUUUGAAGGAAGCACGUGAAUUCUAGAAAGCCUGCUUGGUUGGAUGCUUGGGAGCAAUGCCUAAGAAACGUUUUGGGAGGCUUUUUUCUUUUUCAAUUCUCCACUCGUUUGUUGCAUUAUUUUACAUUUUUAUUUUUUAUUGUCCCUUAUGAUAAGUAGUACUUUUCACUUUUCUGGCAGCAAUCAGUAUAUUGCCUGGCUUUUUCAUUACCUCAGGCAGUGAUACGGUAAGCUAUUCUUCCCAUUUUUUUACAUGCUCUGAGUAAGCACCGCUUUAUGAUGGUGCUGUACCAGAAACAUAUUUGGAAGUACGGACAAGAGGGAAUAUAGACUCUGGAUACAGCUAGGAGAUAUUUGAAUUUUAGAGCCACUAGUUCUUAUUUAUUGGUAGUUUCCUUUUUAUCUUAGUAGGAUCAGGUUAUUUGUCAAUAGCAAAGCUGAUUUAGUUGUAUCACUGGCUGAGUUUUAUCUUGGCAAUGUGAAUGUUUUUGCUUCUUAUGUCCAAUGGCAUCUAGAAUAUGAAGUUUUGGGUUGGUUUAGCUUUUGAUGUUUAUGUCACAUGAUUAUGUUUCAAGGAAUAGUAAAUUAAAACCACUUGUACAUGAUUUUUGCGGCAUUUUGAUGUAUAAAUCAUUAUUGUACUAGGUAUUGAGCAUUGCAGUGAUGCAGUCUCCCUUUUGUUGAGUCACCUGCACUUGCUUCAACGAGUGGUUUCAGAACGUCGUUCGUUCCAGGAAAAGGUAGCUGCUGCUGCUUUCCCACGAAACUUGUUGGAUGAAAAACACAUGCAUGCUUCCUUUAGAAACAGUUUUAGAUUUUCUGAAAUGAAUGUGUGGAGAGCACAACAAAAUGGAGAUAUUGGGAAUUUCUCUGAGACAGGGUUAGAACGUAAUAAUGCUGAUGAUAGUAAUUGCUCCUCUGUUGGUAGUUGUGGCGACAGUCCCUCAAGAUUGCCAUUUCGUUCUUUAACCAGCCCUAGUAAAGAUUCUGGUUAUUCUUUUAGUGAUGCUGAAUCCUUUUGUGGUUGGGAAUCCGAGAAAGAAGAUUCCCAUCCUACGAAAGAGGGCAGCAGAGAUUCCUAGGUUAUAACUGCAUGCUUAUCGUUGCACCAUGGAGGCCUUAUAUGCCUCUGGACUCUUAAGUUGGGAGUAGGAAGAACUAGUGACCAAUCUUCGUCUUACUCUCAACUUUCAAAUGAUGAGCAUUUGAUGGAGAUAAUGACUUUAGUUUCAGCUUAGUUUUGCAUUCGAAAAUGAUGAGCAUUUGAUGGAGAUAAUGACUUUAGUUUCUGCUUAAUCUUGCAUUCGGAUUAGUUGGCAGGUAAACGUAUGCAGGUUACAAAUUUUUGUACUUAUAUCUUUUCCCUUUUGUUACAGUAGGUCAUCUUCCUUGAGCCCAAUUUAUCUCGAUAUUGUACUUACAUAUUUAUGUAUUUAUAUCUUUUCACA